AACGUCGAACAGCGCGCAUCGCCACGGAGCAGGAGGCGGAGAGGGCGGCGGCGGCGAGCCAGUGGCGCGAAGUCCCCCGUACGCGUAAUGCUGCCGCAGUCGCUGCCGGAGCAAGAGGAGCGAUUCUUUCCCGCGACGAGCUAGGCUCAUUCGCGGCGGCGACGAGGACGACUAGGAGGAUUCUUGACACGAGGAAACAGCACGCGCGAUGCUGUACGACGCGAGGUUGCGGCGCGCGACGCCGAAAAACGACGACGCGCCGGCGACGCGCCGCUGAUCCGCUUGAGACGCGAAGAGAGAGCAGCAACAGUUCCAACGGGGCGAUCCGGCUGGCCGGCCGGCCUCGUCGCGACCGAAUCGUCGGCUCCCACGCGCCGGAGAACCACGUGAUAACUCCACUUCGAUCAUUGGUUCUUUGUGGUGAAAAUAGACGAGACAUGGAGGAGUGGUUGAACGCGAUAAGAACAGCGACGGAGAAUCGUCCUCAGGGUGAUCCUGGAACUGCCGAGUUACUAGGAGGUAAUCAUCAGUGGUAUGCAACUAGUCAUGCCAGACCUACGUAUUGCAACGUUUGCAGAGAUGCUCUGCAUGGUGUUACUUCCCAUGGUUUAAGUUGUGAAGUCUGUAAAUACAAAGUGCACAAGAGAUGUAGCGCAAAAGCAAUAAACAAUUGCAAGUGGACCACUUUAGCAUCCAUUGGAAAAGAUAUCAUUGAGGACCAAGAUGGGAACAUCACAAUGCCACAUCAGUGGAUGGAGGGAAAUUUGCCAGUGUCCUCAAAAUGUUUCAUCUGUGAAAAGACAUGUGGCUCUGUACUUAGGCUUCAAGAUUGGCGGUGUCUAUGGUGCAGAGCAACUGUACACACAGCAUGCAGACCUGCCAUAAGUAUCAAGUGUCCAUUAGGACCAGCUAAACUCAGUGUAGUGCCUCCUACGGCUUUGCAUAGUAUAGGUAGUGACGAAGCUUGGGAAGCUGUUAGACCUACAGGAUGCAGUCCACUUUUAGUAUUUGUAAACAGUAAAUCUGGUGACAAUCAAGGUGUUAAGUUUCUUAGGAGAUUUAAACAAUUACUGAAUCCCGCACAAGUGUUCGACCUUAUAAAAGGAGGACCAGGUCCAGGAUUAAGACUGUUCCGUCACUUUGACCCGUUCCGGAUACUAGUUUGCAGUGGAGAUGGAUCGGUGGGAUGGGUGCUUUCGGAAAUUGAUCGAUUGGGAAUGCACACGAAACAAUGCCAGGUCGGAGUGCUACCUCUAGGAACGGGGAACGACUUGGCUCGAGUAUUAGGCUGGGGAGCAUCUUGCGACGAUGACACACAUUUACCUCAGCUGUUGGAAAAGUACGAGAAAGCGGGCACAAAGAUGUUGGAUCGAUGGAGCAUUAUGACGUUUGAACGCAGCAUAUCUCUGCCAUGUCACAAAGUGACUCUGCAUCAGCCCGACCCGGCUAUAAAAUUGAGUGUAGCUCAUCAAUAUGAGGACAACGUACUUGCUCAUAUAUCAAACAUUUUGCAAUCCGAUCAAGAGAGCGUAGUUCUAUCUAGUGCCAAAGUUUUAUGCGAAACAGUGAAAGAUUUUGCGACACACAUACUGGAAGCCAGUCUAAACACAGGGGACCAACAAUUGGGAGAAAAAUGCGAAGCGCUUCAACAAAAACUUGAUUUAUUAUUGCAGACAUUAUCAAAAGAGGAAAAGUAUUUGUUCGAUAACGCGGAGGAAGCUGACAUUGGCACUCUAAAUACCGAAACUUUAAGUUGCAAUCAAGAGAAGGGUGCUUUGGAAAAACCAGAGAAGGAAAUAACAAACUUUAAAAAAGCCAUAAGAAGAAGAUGUUACAUGGAGAGAGAUGCUGUGAUGUCUAGAGCAAAUAGCUUGAAAAGAGCCAUCAGAAGAUUAGUGGAGCAUACGGAAUUGACCGUCGAUGAACAGAACGACCCCUCGGACGAGAAGCAAGGUAUCAAGAUGCCAAACAUCACUAUAACAUGCGAUAAUUCGCCGACUACUCCGACCAAUAAAAAGCAACAUUUGGACAUCCCUGGCUUCUUACAAACAGACCAAACAUCGGACAAUAUCAGUUCAAUGCCAACUGCAGAAUCCGGUAGCAGCCUAGAGAUAUCACCUUGCCCGAGUCCUACCCCUAACGUGGCGUCCUUGAGUCCGAUGCCGGACUUGAGGAGAGAUUCGCAACCCGAGGAAUUGCUGACUCUUCCCGCGCCCGACGGUUUCGCCGACAGUAGACGAAACAGCGAAAACAUGCCGCAAGGAGUUUUCAGUUUUGACUCGGCCGGCUGUCAACAAGAGGCGCAAACAACUAUUACCAGCGACAAUUUCUUUUUGUCCUCCGAACGCAGCCAGCUAGAGGCUGUCUCCGACCUCCCAAUCACUGUCACAAAGACCACUUUAGACACAAGUACACCAUCAGACGACGCGACCAUACAAGAUACUAUCGUUUCUCCUGACACAGAUUCGCUUCAUUCUAGAAAUAUCUCGCCAGAACACGCGCAAAAAACCGCGAAAGACACGUUGGGACCCAGAGGUAGCUGUACCAACAGCAUCAUCAGUACGGACAGUAUCGUUUCCGAUAUGUUAGAUUCCAAAAGUUACACCAUUCGGAAUAGCGAGAGUGAAAUUGGACACGUAGACAGCGAUAUAUUUGAUUCCACCAAGAGAUCGGAAAGCUCGGAGAUCGGGCACAUCGACUCGCCGGACAACUCCGACAUGCUUUCUACGGAGACUCAACAUUCGGAGAGUGGCUUGGAAGAUCUGAGUUCUCUCGGACAGGAUGUCAUCAGUGCGAUAAUGGGCGAGAAGUACGAUUCUGUCAGAGAAGGCUUGGAUAUCGAGGAAUCGCGAAGACCUUGCGGUUUAGCUCGGUUCAACGAAGGCAACGACAUCGGCAGGCAGUCAUUCAAGGCGAGAAAUUUAAAGGCGGAUAAAGAGGGAAUGCUAAAUAAGACAGACGGUUUGACGACGUGCGUACGUGUAUCAGGAGCUAAAUCGAUGCAAUCUGUAGAAACGAAUAUAGUAUCCAUCAAGUUCGAUAACAUUGAAAAGGAAAGAGUGCCCGAUGCCGGUUUGUUGAGUCCGGUGUGCUGCUUCCCCGUCUCGUCGGACAACUCACAGGCCAACGAAAAGUGUUCCAUAAACUUUCCACCUCAGAUUAGCGUCAUCAUUGAUCCGCCAAGUCCAUCGUUGUCGAUUGAGAGCCAUCACAAACUUAAUUUAGAUUACAACCUGGACCCACAUGACAAACAGUACAGUGGCGGCGGUAGUAUGGAGAGAUUAAGCGUGGAACUGCCCGAAUCGGGUUUUUCUCCGCAAGCUACGCGGCGCAUCAGUAGCGGCAGCUUGUUGAAGGCAUCGGAAGUUGUGUCAUUGGCGGCUGCUGCUCGUCUAAGUGGUUCGAGUUUGAGCUUGCGCCACGAAAGAGCGAAAUCUGUCGACAAAACGGAGGAUAAGAAACUUCCGAUAAUAAAUCCCUUGGUCCGAUUACCGAUGUGGCCUAAUGUAAGCGGUGGAGCUGGUCUUAUCAGUCAAGCGUUGCUGGCAAACGCGGAUGCUCUGUGUGCAGCGGUAUCGCCAUUAAUGGAUCCAGAUGAAACAUUGAUGGAAGGCUACUUCGAACGUUGCGUCAUGAACAAUUAUUUUGGAAUUGGCAUAGACGCGAAAAUUAGUCUCGAUUUCCACAACAAAAGAGAGGAACAUCCUGAGAAAUGUCGAUCGCGCGCCAAGAAUUAUAUGUGGUAUGGCGUCUUGGGAUCUAAACAGUGGCUACAGAAGACUUAUAAGAAUCUCGAGCAAAGAGUUCAGCUGGAAUGCGACGGCCAAAGGAUACCAUUGCCUUCUCUGCAAGGAAUCGUUGUGCUAAAUAUUCCAAGCUUUAUGGGCGGAACGAACUUCUGGGGCGGUUCGAAGGAAGGAGAUCUAUUUCUGGCACCGUCGUUCGACGAUCGUAUAUUGGAAGUAGUGGCGGUCUUUGGAUCUGUUCAAAUGGCCGCUUCGCGGCUCAUCAAUUUGCAACAUCACAGGAUAGCUCAGUGCCAGACAGUUCAGAUUAACAUCCUGGGCGAGGAAGGCGUUCCGAUACAGGUCGAUGGUGAGGCUUGGGUUCAGCCACCCGGUAUUAUAAGGAUCAUACACAAGAAUCGCAUGCAAAUGCUUUAUAGAAACAGGGCGCUCGAGACUUCGCUGAGAGCGUGGGAGGAGAAGCAACGCAACACGUUAAGCGCCGUGACUCAAUCCACUUCUACUCUGAGUAGUGUAUCGCAAUCGCAGUCCAAAACGCCGUUGCCGAUAUGUAGUAAACCGUCACAGUUGACCGACGACGAGCUCACUAUUCUGAUCAGUUUCAUCGAAGCGGUGACGACUUUAGUCAAGUGGGUGAAACUACUGAUUAUAUCACACCCGAGUCUAGAACCAGAUCUGUAUCAGGUCGCCUCACGAACAGCGAAUGCGCUUGAACAAGUACAUCCGGAUGGUAAAAUUUUACAGGGGAUGAGCUUGAGGCCCAUGGUAACUGAAUUGGUGUCAAGUGCGAGACAAUUGUACGAAGAAUCUUGCGAGUUAUUGCGCGAUAAAGCUCACAACUUGAGAUUACGAGAGGACUUGGAAAACAAGCUAUCUAUGUCUUUAGCUACUAUGGAACAGGAAUUACGAAAGUGUACUUUUGAUGAAGCAGGCACAGGACUGGUUUACUUGCAAAACGUUCCUGCAGACGAUCAGGGGGAUAAAAAAAAUCGUCAUCGAGGGUUGUUCUGGUUAAAGUUCCGUCGUUUCGCCGGCAACUCGGGCGCUACGGGUCAUCCGGCGCGAGAUCAGGUUACCACGUGGGGCGUGCAGGAGGUCUGCACCUGGUUGGAGAAUCUGCAAUUGGGAGAGUACGCCGACAGAUUCGUGUCCCACGACAUACGCGGCAGGGAGCUGCUCACGCUUGCCCGCCGCGAUCUCAAGGAGCUGGGCAUCACCAAGGUGGGACACGUUAAACGCAUCUUGCAGGCUAUCAAUGACCUCAACAAUUGAACUUCCGCGAGUCGAAGUUUCGCACGUUCCGGAACACAGGAUAUACGACGCGCAGGUAGCCAGUUACCUAUAGAUAGUGUUUGACACAGUAGCAAAAGAGAGAUGUAUCUACAUCUACGGCGCAUCAUUCCAAACUGUAGUGAACCGAUAUAGCAGAGAAGAUAAAAUUUAAAAUUGAAUAUAUAAUUGACAAAAGAACUUUCGUAACAAUUAAUAGAACAAGAUAGAUAGAUUGUUAUAUAUUCUUAUCCUAAAACGUUAAUUAAAACGUGCAUUUCCCGAUACAUAUGCGAGUGACAUUAGGUCUGUUCUUUCCAGCUCAACUGGCUGCAGCAGUUCAGAGUUUAUCUUUUUUACUCCACUUUGGAAGGAGAGAAAUAAACUCUGAACUAUAGCGUAGUUCAGCUGAAAAGAAUAGACGUAUUAGAUUAAGGCUCCUUGAUACUCGCCGCAGCUAUGUUAGAUUGUGACGUCAGAGGCGAGAAGUACACGUUGAAAAUUUUGACGUACCAUUUUUAGAUAAAAAGAUAUUUUAAUGAAACACAGCUUAAUAUGGCUUUAGCACACUUUUAAAAUAUUCCGAAAACUAUAUUUCCCAUUUUAAUCAACAGCCGUAAAAUGACCAAUAUAUGAGACCUGAUUCUUAUAUAUUCUUGCAUAUGUGCAGUCAUUUUGCACGAUAAAGUCUGAUGUUUCAAUUAUUUUAUGGUUGUUGAUUGACUGUCAAAACUGACUCUGACGUCACAAUCUAACAUGACUGCGGCGAGGACCCCGGAGCCUUAAAGAAAAAAAAAUUAAAAAAGAUAAUGUUAAGGGAUAAAAAUUACUACUAAGAAGUUACAUCUUUUAACAAUGUCGUAUAUAAGGAAACCAUUUUUUGCCUGUGCCAAAUAUUUACUCUAUACUUGAAAUCACGAUAAAAGAAAAACAAAAAAAUGAAUUUAUUAUCUCAUCAACAACACACACACACAUAUAUAUAGUACAAAAUAUGAGAUACGUCAUCUCCCAAGGGGAUGAAUUUCCUUUCACUUUCUUAUCGAGGCAAUCCAUGACGAAAAACUGCAUACACACAUAACGGAGUAGAUAAUUCUUGUAAAAUAGUAGAUUUUUUUACAUCACAGACUAUUAUACUAGAAUAAAAAAACUAGCAACAUCUCGGACAUACAUACAUAUAUAUAUAUAUAUACAUAUAUUUAACAAUUAUUGCGUGUACUUCUUGUUCAAAAUUGAAUCUUACGCGGCACAAGUAUCUUAAAUCUUGCAAGUAUCACAUUCUUAAAGAAGUGUUUCCUAUUGUCUUCGACGUAUAUAAAAAUUAAUUGCAUUAUACUCGUAAUUUUUAACUCAUUCGGUCAAUUUAUUCUGAUUGAUCUUUACACAUGACUUCGUCGAGCUACCGAUAUAUAGUGUGCAAUAUAAAUAUACAUAUACAUGACGGAUGUGUACUCUUGUAAUUAUAUACACAGAUUUGUGAUUUUUUCGGUUGUUUGAUGACGUUACUAAUUCGUUUGAAAAGCAAUGUCUGGGCCAAGAUGUAUAUGAAAGUGAUUCUACAUAUAUCUCCUCUUAUGGCAAUAAACACGAUAAGUAAGAGAAGACCUAGAGAUGCAAAGUGCAUACACUAGUAGUUCUAACAGAUUAUUAUGUGUACAUGAAACAAAGGAAUAUUUUUUUCUUUCGGAAUCGUAGGCCGUAACUUGCAGGAUAGCUCUUGCUCGAGCUUUUUCUUGCCUUAUAACGAAGCUAGUCUUCAUUUUCUUACUCUCUCAGUUUACAAAUAUUUAUCUAUUUUUAUAUCAUUAUUUUUAUAUGGUCAUUGUGCUAUUUGAUUAUUUGCAUAAUCUUCUAUCAGCGUAAUAAUCAAAUAUUGCUCAUAUUAAUGAUAAAAGAGAUGCAAUUUUUGUAUUUUUUCUCCUGAUAGCCUGUCUUCGUUUUGUUAUUAUGUGAUAAUUGAAGAAUCUCUCGACACGCGAAAAAGAUAUUUUUAUCGUAAUUUUAGAGAGCAUUAUACUUUUCUCAUACAGAGAGGUAAAUCUCACACAAAUAGAUGAGCAUAUUACAUACAGUAGUGUAUUUAGUCUAUGCGAUAAAACAAAUAAAAUUAAUUAUAUACAAACACAAUUAUAUCUGACAAACUUAAAACAAAGUAGAAUCAAAUUGUGAGUACACACUAAAAACAAUUAUGCAGAGGUAAAUAUAUAUUCUCAUCGUAACAUGCAAAGAAAAUAUAGAUUCUUUAUUGGCAAUGUUAGUUAGCCACAGGUUGUCCGAUGUAUUAAUGCACUACGAUGAUCAACUUAUCUUUGUCUUUUAUACCAUAACUUGUAAUGUAAAACAUGUUAACGAACUUGAUAAUCAAGUUAUUUGGGAGUGAAAAAAUUUCUUUACAUUCCAAUAUAUAUAUAUAUAUAUAUAUUAUAUAUAUUAUAUAUAUAUCUGAAAGGACUAAAGUGCCUAUCCCUAUAGAUUCACUAAUCUUACAUACAGACAAAAAAUACGAUCAUAUACUGUCUACGUAAACAUGAAUAGUAUAACAAAUUGCGUAUUAUUUUUUUAUUUUGAAUUUAGAAAUACGAAACUGAUUCGCCAACAUACACAAUAUGUAUUUUUUUAUUUUUUAAUUUAAAUAAUGUCAUUACAAUCGUGCAACAAAACGUCGCAUCUUAAUAGAUAAUAUUGUUGCAAUAAUGUAAUGCAGUAUUAUAUAGAAUAAUAAUAUUACAUUAAAUGAUUUUUAAUUUAUUAUAAUAUAAUAUCUUUUUGGGAAACGAAGGAGAAAAACUUAAUUGAAUCUAUAAUAUUAAAUAUAAUAUAAUGACCUUUCUAUAUACUUUAAUCACUAGAUAAUUUAUUAAACGUUUAAAAAAAUUAAUCAAUUUAAAAAAUAAUAAAAAAAUAA